UUGUCAGGAAAAUCGCGCAAAUCAGUGGAGGCGCGCGUGCAUGAAACACGGUUAAAAACAUGUUAAAAAGUUUUUCUGAAAUUUUAGUUUUAUGUUCCAUUUGGUGUCUCAAUUAUACUAUAAGAACUGAUAUAUUAAACUUUUCUCCGUCUUGAUUAAGUGAGAAAUUUAGCAAAAUAAAUAGUGAAUUUUAGUUUUUUUUGUUAGUCGUUGUACGUCGAGAAACAGAAAUCAACAUGCCUAAAGGAAAGAAAAAAGGAAAAUUCGAGCACAGAAGAACAGAGCUUCCAUACUCUUCAGAUGAGGAUGCUGGGAUUGAUAUGACAAAUGACAACUGUUCAGAGACUUCGGGGCAAUCUGAUCUUAGAAGUAUCCAUGAUGAAGCAGAGAGUGAAGCGCAAGAGAAAUUUGAAGAGAAAGUCUUGGAAAUAAUUGAUGCACUAAGCGCUAGAGCGAAUGCAGCACGUGCGUCUGCGUUGGUUUCAUUACGGAGUGCUUUACAAAGGCGAUACUUGGCGGUGCUUUUGAGCGGACAAAGGGCGACUUUGGCUGACCACCUCACCAAGGCUCUCAGACGAGGAAAGGAUGGUGAGAAGAAAGCAGCGGCUUCUGUUGCUCCAAUAUUGGCCUUACAGGUCGGUGAAGAUGGUGUGGAAGGGUUUAUGCAAGAGGUGAGGCCGGCUUUGGCAGCAGCCGCUGUUGACAAGACUGCCUCACUCGACACACGCACUGAGUGUUGCUCAUCUCUGGCCAUCCUCUGUUACCUUAUGGAAGAUGACCUCGCCGAGGUACUGGAGGUCAUGCGGCUCUUUGAGACCAUCUUUAGCGGGAGUUAUCUCAAGGGCGACGGCAGCGUGAAAGUAUCGGGUUCUGUAGUGGAAGAGGGGGCGUGGCACGCGGCUGCCAUAGACGGCUGGGCCUUGCUGCUGGCUCUGACUGAAGCAGACCACGCCAGAUCCCUGCUCAAGGAUAAUCCUCCUUCCUUUGCCCGGCUGGCCGAUUUACUGGAAGCUUGUAGCCUUGAGGUGCGUAUGGCUGCCGGCGGAGCGGUGGCGAUCGCGUACGAGCGCGUGACGGACGACGAAGAGGAAGGAGACGAGGAGUGGGUGGAGAUGGUGCUGCCUCGCCUGGAAGACCUGGCCCGGGACUCGCACAAGUUCAGGGCCAAACGGGACAGGAAGGUGCAGAGGGCCACCUUCAGGGACAUCCUUAAGUACUUUGAGGAAGGCGACGUGCCGGAGUUGCGCGUGCGCAUCGGCGUGGAAAGUGUGUCGUGCGACACUUGGUCGAGUCGCGCGACCUAUUCCGCCUUAGCGGCAGCCUUAGGCGCGGGACUGCAGUCCCUGUCGCCACAUUGUGGGAGGCUAAGAGCAGCCUUAGGUUUGGAUCCACAGGCGCCGAUUGUACCUGCGCCGGCGCAUAGCAACUCAAGGAAGAAUAAGUUGCAACGACACUUGCAAAAUACAGCUGCGUGCAAAGCCCGAACAGUCGCCCGUAAUAAGAACAGAGAUAAACGAUCCGCUGCUCUCGCAAUUUAAGAACUCUAAAAAAUCACCAACUAUCCGGUUCCAACACAACGCUAGUGUUAAAUGUCGUUCCGCUGUAAGUCAAGUGAAUAACAGAUGCUGAUGCAAACGCGGCAUAGAUAACAUCGUUUCAAUUGCGAGCUACAGUUUAGUUCUAAUUUCAAAAAUGGAUUUUUAUAUUUCGAAAUAAAAGCCACAGUACAAUCCUAGGUAAAUUUCAAAAAUGGAAUUUUAUAUUUCGAAAUAAAAGCCACAGUACAAUCCUAGGUAAAUUUUAAAAAAGGAAUUUUAUAUUUCGAAAUAAAAGCCACAGUACAAUCCCAGGUAAAUUU